AUGAAUGGCAGUCCGGUUACGACGAACUCCAAGGAGAAUGGGACGAUAGCUGGUCUGACAAGCAAAAGCGGUGAUGAUGGCGACGAGGGACACGAUGAGCGGAUUGAGAAGCUGAGAGAUCGUGGGCAGCUGUUGGAUCAUGGGAUUGCACGUGUAGAAGGUCGUUAUGAGUGUGAAACGCGACGUAUGCAAGACGUAGAGGAUGAUGAUGAUGAUGAUGAUGAUGAGGGAGCAGAAGACGCUGUGGGAUCUUCAAGGGAUAAUGAGGGCGAUGAACAUGAAGAGAGGGUUAGAGAGGAAGAAGAAGACAGCGAUAUGGAUAUCGAACCCGAUUCUGACUGA